GCGGAGCCAGCCAGACCGCCUGUUCCCAUAGCCUCCGAGCAGGCGUGCUGCCAUGGCGCUGGCCAGGCCUGGGACCCGGGAGCCCAGGCUCCCAGCUCCUUUCCUGCUGCUGCUGCUGCUGCUCUGGGCUCCGGCCCUUGCCCUCCUGGCUGGAACGGUACCUUCAGCGAUACCACACGCCUGUGCCUCAGACCCAUGCACUCCAGGAAAUGAGUGCCAGGCUACGGAGAGUGGUGGCUACACAUGUGGGCCCAUGGAGCCUCAGGGCUGUGCCACCCAGCCCUGCCACCACGGUGCUCUGUGUGUGCCCCAGGGUCCAGAUCCCAACGACUUCCGCUGCUAUUGUGUGCCUGGGUUCCAGGGCCCACGCUGUGAGCUGGACAUCGAUGAAUGUGCAUCCCGGCCCUGCCACCACGGAGCUACCUGCCGCAACCGGGCUGAUCGCUACGAGUGCCACUGCCCCCUUGGCUAUGCAGGCUUGACCUGCGAGGUGGAGGUUGACGAGUGCGCCUCGUCGCCCUGCCUGCACGGGGGCUCGUGCCUGGACGGGGUGGGCUCCUACCGCUGCGUUUGCACGCCGGGCUACGGAGGCGCCAGCUGCCAGCUGGACCUGGACGAAUGCCAGAGUCAGCCAUGUGCGCAUGGGGGCGUGUGCCACGACCUGGUCAACGGGUUCCGGUGCGACUGCGCGGACACGGGCUACGAGGGCGUGCACUGCGAGCAGGAGGUGCUGGAGUGCGCGUCGGCGCCCUGCGCGCACAACGCGUCCUGCCUGGAGGGCCUCCGGAGCUUCCGCUGCCUCUGCUGGCCAGGCUACAGUGGCGAUCAGUGCGAGGUGGACGAUGACGAGUGUGCAGCAGGACCCUGCCAGCACGGGGGCCAGUGUCUGCAGCGCUCCGACCCGGCCCUCUAUGGGGGCAUCCAGGCCGCCUUCCCCGGCGCCUUCAGCUUCCGCCAUGCUGCGGGGUUCCUGUGCCGCUGCCCGCCGGGCUUUGAGGGGGACGACUGCAGCGUGGACGUGGACGAGUGUGCCUCAGGGCCAUGCCUCAGUGGAGGCCGCUGCCAGGACCUGCCCAAUGGCUUUCAGUGUCACUGUCCAAAUGGCUACACAGGCCUGACAUGUCAGGAAGAUGUGGACGAAUGCCUGUCGGAGCCCUGCCUCCACGGUGGGACCUGUGAUGACACUGUGGCGGGCUACAUCUGCUGGUGCCUGGAGGCGUGGGGUGGGCAUGACUGUUCCGUGCAGCUCACCGGCUGCCAGGGCCACACUUGUCCAUUGGCUGCCACCUGCAUCCCCACCUUCGAGUCUGGAGUCCACAGUUAUGUCUGCCGCUGCCCACCUGGUACCCAUGGAUCUUUUUGUGGCCAGAAUACCACCUUCUCCAUGGUGGCUGGGAACCCUGUGCGGGCAUCAGUAUCUGUUGGUGGUUCCCUGGGUCUGGCACUGAGAUUUCGCACUACAGUACCUGCUGGUGCCUUGGCUACUCGCAAUGAUACCCAUGUCAGCUUGGAGCUGGCAUUGGUGGGGACCACACUUCAGGCCACACUCUGGAGCCACGGUGACACUGUACUUGUCCUGAGGCUGCCAGACCUGACCCUAAAUGAUGGCCAAUGGCACCGAGUGGAGGUGACGCUUCGCUUAGGGGUCCUGGAGCUGCGGCUCUGGCAUGAGGGCUGCCCUGCCAUGUUCUGCGUGGCCUCCAGUCCUGUGGCCCCAGGUCCUACAGCUUCGAUGGCUCCAACGCCUGCCGGGUUCUGCUCUGUCCAGCUGGGUGGCGUAGCCUUUGCAGGCUGCCUCCAGGACGUACGUGUGGAUGGGCACUUCCUGCUACCUGAGGAUCUUGGGGACAAUGUCCUUCUGGGCUGCCAGCGCCGUGAACAGUGCCAGCCUCCGCCUUGCGCCCACGGAGGGGUCUGUGUGGACCUGUGGACUCACUUCCACUGCGAGUGCCCCCGGCCCUAUAGUGGUCCCACAUGUGCUUAUGAGGUUCCUGCUGCCACCUUCGGCUUGGGGGGCACCCUGAGCUCUGCCUCCUUCCUGCUCCACCAGCUGACAGGCCCCAACCUCACUGUGUCCUUCCUGCUCCGCACUCGGGAACCUGCUGGCCUGCUGCUCCAGCUUUCCAACGACUCAGUGGCUGGCCUGACAGUCUUCCUGAGCGAGGGCCAGAUCCGGGCGGAGGUGCUGGGCCGUCCUGCCCUGGUGCUUCCUGGGCGCUGGGAUGACGGGCUCCGCCACCUGGUGACCCUCAGCUUUGGGCCUGACGAGCUGCAGGGCUCAGGGCAGCAGGUGCAUGUGGGUGGGAGGCUCCUCCCUGCUGACGCCCACCCCUGGGGUGGGCCCUUCCGAGGCUGCCUCCAGGACCUGCGACUCAAUGACCUCCACCUCCCCUUCUUCCUGCCGUCACUGGGGAACUCAAGCCAGCCCAGCGAGCUGGGCAGCAGGCAGUCGUGGAACCUCACCAUGGGCUGUGUCUCUGAGGACAUGUGCAGUCCUGACCCCUGUCUCAAUGGUGGGACUUGCCUGGUCACUUGGAAUGACUUCCACUGCACCUGCCCUACCAACUUCACGGGGCCCACGUGUGCCCAGCAGCUGUGGUGUCCUGGCCAGCCCUGCCUCCCGCCUGCCACCUGUGAGGAGGUCCCUGAUGGCUUUGUCUGUGUGGCCGAAGCCACGUUCCGCGAAGGUCCCGCCGUCGCAUUCAGUGGGCACAACGCAUCGUCAGGGCCCGCGCUCAGCGGCCUCUCACUUGCCUUCCGCACACGCGACUCCGAGGCCGGGCUGCUGCGUGCGGCCGCGGGCGCCUUUGCCGCCGUUUGGCUGGCGGUGCGCAACGGCUCGCUGGCGGCCGGCGUGCGCAGCGGCCACGGCCCGCCCGGUGCGGUCCUGCCCGCGCCUGGGCCGCGCGUGGACGACGGCGCCUGGCACCGCGUGCGCCUGGCCAUGGAGCGCCCCGCCGCCACUGCAUCACGCUGGCUGCUGUGGUUGGAUGGCGCGGCGACGCCCGUGGCGCUCCGAGGCCUGGCCGGCGACCUGGCCUUCCUGCGAGGCCCGGGCGCCGCCCGCAUCCUGCUGGCCGAGAACUUCACGGGCUGCCUGGGCCGCGUGGCGGUCGGCGGCCUCCCGCUGCCCCUGGCGCGCCCGCGCCCCGGCGCGGCCCCCGGCCCCCGAGAGCACUUCUCGGCCUGGCCCGGACCGCCGGCCCUGCGCCUCGGCUGCCUAGGCGAACCCGUGUGUGUCCCCUCGCCCUGCCUGCACGGCGGUGACUGCCGCGACCUCUUCGACUCCUUUGCCUGCGCCUGCGGCCCGGGCUGGGAGGGCCCGCACUGCGAGGCCCGCGCCGACCCGUGUAGCUCAGCACCCUGCGUCCGCGGCCGCUGCCACGCGGGCCCCGAUGGCCGCUUCGAGUGCCGUUGCCGGCCUGGCUUCACUGGGCCGCGCUGCAGGUUGCCUGUCCUGCCAGAGGAAUGCAGCCUGAAUCUCACCUGCCUCAAUGGCAGCCCAUGUGAGGCUGGGCCUCGGGGAGCCAACUGCAGCUGCCAGGAGGGCUUUGCUGGCCAGAGGUGUCAGGUCCCCUGUGCAGCCAACCCCUGCUUGAAUGGGGGCACCUGCCGGGCAGCUGGUGGGGUAUACGAAUGUAUCUGCGGCACACGGUUCUCUGGCCAGUUCUGCGAAGUGGUGAAGGGCCUGCCGCUGCCACUGCCAUUCCCACUGCUGGAGGUGGCAGUGCCUGCAGCCUGCGCCUGCCUCCUCCUCCUCCUCUUGGGCCUCCUCUCAGGGAUCCUGGCAGCCAGAAAGCGUCGCCAGUCAGAGGGCACCUACAGCCCGAGCCAGCAGGAGGUGGCCGGGGCCCGGCUGGAGAUGGACAGUGUUCUCAAGGUGCCGCCCGAGGAGAGGCUCAUCUAGGCCUACCUGGCUGCCAGCUCCAGCACCCACAAGGUCAUGAAUGAUUUCUACUUGGAGACCGAAGGAGGCCACUUCCAGGAGCCUGUGGGGAAGUGGCCUGCCCCUUCAGGGCCUUGGGGAGCAGCUGUGGACACAGGAUACCUGCUGGGGAAGUGUCCCCCUUGCUGGCAGCCCCUGCCUUUGCCCCAUUGUGGGACUGAGGAUAAGGGGAGCACUCAGGGCAGCAGAGAGGGGCCUGGCGAGGUGGUGGACAUCGCCAUUGGACCUGCCGGGGCUUGCUCAGCAGGUGUGUGGCUGUGCAGGGCAGGGGCACAUGUGGGCACACACGAUGUGUUCAGGAAUGUGUGUGCGCAUGCAUGUGUGCAAGGUGUGUGUGUAUCUGGGGACUGUUGAUUUGCAGGUACAGGUGUGAGUGGGCUGGACGGGGCUCGAGGCCACGUCUGUGUGUGACUGUGAAGUGGGUGCAGGCCAUCAGAGGGCGUGGCCGGGCUGUGGAGCAACCUGCAGAGCUCCGGGGCAGGGGCAACCCAAGGCUGCACGUUCGCCAGGGCGUGCCCAAGGACCAAGGCCCCAGCUCCCGAAUCUUCUCCCACCUCUGGAAGCUGACCCUGUCCUGGGGGCAGCUGGGAAAUCAAGGGGAGGCCAUAGCCAGAAGCCAGGUGGGCUCUGGUUCCCAUAACAAAUGCUGCUUCAGGCAGAUCUGUCCCUGCCUUGUGCCGAGCCAGGCCCACCUAGGAACCAACCACGGCCAGGGCAGACACGAGGAGCAGGGGAUGGGCUGUGUGGGGUCUGGGCUCCGGGCGGCCCCUCCCUCCUUAGGGUCUGGCAGCUGUAGAGUGGGGAAAGCAGCCCCUGCCUACCUCACAGGGCUGUUGUGAGGAUCCGCAGGGAAAGAAUGCGGUCGUUAAACCCUGG